GAGCGGAGCGGAGCGGAGGAAGCCGCGAGGGAGCCUGGGCCACCGGCCGGACCCCGCCGCUCGGCCGCCGCCACGCGUCCCAUGGCUCCCGCCGCCCUCUGGGCCGUGCUGGCCUUCGGACUGCAGCUCUGGGCCGCGGGCCACGCCGUGCCCGCCAAGGUGGCAUUCACCCCCUACGCCCCGGAGCCCGGAAGCGUGUGCCAGCAGAGAGAAUACUAUGACGAGAGGGUCCAGUUGUGCUGCAGCAUGUGUCCUCCUGGCUACCACGUCCAGUCCCACUGCACCAAGACCUCAGAUACGGUGUGUGUCCCCUGCGAGGACAGCAUGUACACCCAGCUCUGGAACUGGGUGCCCCAUUGCUUGAGCUGUGACUCCCGCUGCAGCUCUGAGCAGGUAGAAACUCAAGCCUGCACUCGGGAGCAGAACCGCGUGUGCGCCUGCAGGCCAGGCUGGUACUGCAUACUGAAGAUCCAGCACAGGUGCCGGCAGUGCGCACAGCUGCGCAAGUGCCCCCCUGGCUUCGGUGUGGUCACACCAGGAACCGCAACAUCAAAUGUGGUGUGUGCUGCCUGUGCCCCAGGGACGUUCUCAGACACGGCGUCAUCCACAGACACCUGCCGGCCCCAUCGGUUCUGUGAGUCGACGGCCAUCCCUGGCAAUGCAAGCAGGGACGCGGUCUGCAAGUCUGCGCUCCCCUCCCUGCGUGUGACCACAAGCUUAGCCCUCGAGCCCCAGGCAGCGUCCACGAAAUCCCAACCCAUGGAGCCCACGCCAGGACCCAGCACAACUGCCAGCAUGUCUCUCCUGCUCCCUGUGGUCCCAAGUGCCCCGGCCGAAGGGCUCAGCACCGGGAACAUCUCUCUUCCAGUUGGACUCAUUGUGGGUGUGACAGCCUUGGGACUACUGCUGAUAGGGCUGCUGAACUGUGUCAUGAUUGCCCAGAAGAAAAAGAAACCCUUCUGCCUGCCUGGAGACGCCAAGCCUCACCUGCCUGCUGAUAAGGCCCAAGUUGCUCCUGGCUCCGAGCAGCAGCACCUGCUGACCACGGCGCCCAGCUCCAGCAGCAGCUCCCUGGAGAGCGCGGCCAGCGCUUCGCACAGGGGGACGCCCACCAGGAACCAGCCGCAGGCACCGGGCAGGGACCAGCCCAGUGGGUCUGGGGAGGCCCAGGCUGGCUCCGGGAGCUCAGAGUCCUCCCCUGGCGGCCACGGGACCCACGUCAAUGUCACCUGCAUCGUGAACGUCUGCAGCAGCUCUGACCACGGCUCGCGGUGCUCCUCCCAGGCCAGCUCCACGACGGGGAACGCGGACUCCAGCCCCUCCGGCUCCCCGCAGGACGAGCACGUCCCCUUCUCCAAGGAGGAGUGCCCUGUGCGGUCCCCGCGCGGGGCCCCCGAGACUCGGCUGCAGAGCCUGGAGGAGAAGCCCCUGAACCUGGGCGUGCCUGACGCCGGCAUGAAGCCCAGUUAACCAGGCCGGCAGGGGCCGAGUCGCCGCUGAGUGAGCUGGCCUCGGGGUCUCCCUGGCCCCCACGCCCAGCACUCUGGCUCCUUCCAGACCAAGUUCCUUUAAUGGCCUCCACAACCUGGCAGGCAAGGAGGAGGCAGGGAGAGCCAGAGAACCCCUCCGGUCAUGGACAUCCUUCUCCCAAGGCUGGCUGGACAUGCUGGGCAGCCCGGCGGGGUCCCUGCCACUCCGAGCUGCCCCCUCGCUGGGCUGUGGCCCUAGCUUCUGAAGCCCUUGUUUCAUCCCUGGGCUCUGGCUCCCCAGGAGGUUCCAGCGUCCAGAGAGGCGGUGGGGGAGGAGGGCGCUGUGGGAGUCAUCCAUGGGGAAGGGGCAGCCC